ACUCAGGCUCAGAUCGCGGAGCAGACGGAGCAGACGACGGCAGCAUGCGGGCGCACAGGGUGUCCGUGUGGUUUUCUCUGGUCGCUCUGGUGCUGCUGGGCUCUGGGUUCGGAUCCGAGCUGGACCCGACCGGCCUCAAACUCUGCGUCACCUCAAACUCCAGAAUACAAAACCUCUGUGGCCAAAACCGCAGCGCCGUGCCCUCGAAUCUGCCCGGCGACACCGAGUACCUCGACCUCUCCCACAACGCGAUACGGGAACUCACGGACGACGCGUUUUCCGGACUGCACCGGCUCUGUUUCCUCAAAAUGUCUGACUGUGGACUCACGGGAAUCUCUCCUCACGUUUUUGAGAAGACGCCGUCUCUCAAAGUCCUCAACGUGUCCCUGAAUAAACUGUCCGUCGUUCCAGAUCUGUCGCUGCGAAAUGUUCAGAUUCUCGACUUGUCCUACAACGUUUACAAAAGCUACCGACUCCCAAACUCUUAUCGGAACUUUAAAAACCUGGAUGUUUUCGCAUUGGGAAGCGCUAAUGCCACGUCCGUUCGCUUCGACGACUUUGACGCUCUACAAAACGUCACCCUGCGGCAUCUGGUUCUCGGAGCCGGUACAAAAUGGCUGACGUACGAAUCCGGCGCUUUGGCUAAACUUCAACUCCUGCAAAAAUUCUCACUCAAGGUCACUUUCUGCGGAAACUUUGAACUGUUAGACUCGAUUCUGGAGGAUCUGAACCGAACUCGAGCGACCGCGCUGCGUUUCGUGGCUGUUUUUCCGGACACCUGCAACGUCAGCGGUAACCCUUUCGAGAAAAUCCAAAAGAUGCCCCAGAUCCGGAACCUGUCCGUGGAGGACACGCGGACAAACACCUCGUUUUUGGAGCAGUUCAUCAAAGACGUGUUGGAGUCCAUGGUUCAGGAGCUUUCUUUGUUAAACAUCGCGUACGACGAAGACACGCCGGGAGGUUUUCGGCUGCCCAACCUGACCCACACCGCCCAAAUCCAAUCCAUUACCAUCUCUAAAAUCACCCACAUGCAAUACGAGUACCCGAAAUUUGAGAUAAAUUUUGACCUAAUUUUGAAACUUACCUAUUUAAAAUUUUCAGGCACAGGAAUGAAUAUUUUACCGUGUAACAUUUUCUCUGCGAUUCCAAACCUCGAGACUUUGGAUGUUUCCGAUAACCUCCUGGACGAUAAAGGUUUCUGGUGGCCGUCGUGUUUGCAGGAAAAAGUCGUGUUUCCGAAACUGAAGCAGCUUUCUCUCAGUAAGAAUCGCUUCUACAGUUUGUCGUUCAUCGCCGAAAAGACGCAUCACAUUAAACAUCUGGAGUCCUUGGAUCUUAGCUUUAAUUCGAUUGUCUUAGACGGCGUUGUGGACUGGCCCUUCUGGCUUAAAGAGCUAAACCUGGCCAGCAACAACCUCGGCGAUUCGGUAUUUAACUUCCUCUCUCCGCAUUUUGAGAGAAUCGAUUUGUCUAAGACCGGCUUAACUGUUCUGACGCAAAAAGACGUCUCAAAAUUCCCCAACAUGACUCAUCUGAUUCUGAGCAGCAACAGCAUUCAGUCGAUCCCGGCGAAUCUCCGAGCGCCGUCGCUGCUGAGCCUUUACGUCGACCAGAACGCGAUCACGUCCGUUUUUGAGGAAGAUCUCGCAGGACUUCCCCAACUGCAGACGUUAAGAGCCGGUAAUAAUCCGUUCGUGUGUUCGUGCGAUUCGUUUUGGUUCAUAACGUCUUUGAACAAGUCGCUGCUUCCUGAUUGGCCGCUUCAGUACACCUGCAGCACGCCGCCGUCUCACUCGGGGAAACCUCUCACUUCCGUCCAAGGUUUAACGGCGCUCAACUGCCAAACGUGGCGUCAGGGAUUGCUCGGUUUGGCCGUCAUUUUUAGCAUUGUCGUAAUUAUCGGAUUCCUGUUCCACAGACUCGACGGCGUCUGGUACGGUAAAAUGCUGUGGGUGUGGAUCCAGUCGAAACGCCGCGAUCACAGGCGCUCGGAGAAUCUGCGGAGCGCGUUGUUCUCGUACCACGCCUUCGUUUCGUACAGCCACCGCGACGCCGAGUGGGUGGAGUCGCAGCUCGUGGAGCGUCUCGAGGGCGCCGGACUCACCCUCUGCGUCCACGAGCGAGAUUUCGUCCCCGGGGAGUGGGUCCUGGACAACAUCGUGAAGUGCGUGGAGUCGAGUUACAAAACGCUCUUCGUUCUGUCCAAACACUUCGUCCAGAGCCAGUGGUGCAACUACGAGCUGUUCUUCACGCAGCACCGCUCCAUCGCCGCGCAGCACGACUCCAUGGUGUUCGUUCUGCUGGAGCCCAUCGCGGUCGACUCGCUGCCCAAACGGUACCGUCGCCUGCGGAGCGUUCUGAGGCACAGGACGUACCUGGCGUGGCCGGGGGAGGGGCACAGGCGGCAGGUGUUCUGGGCGAGUCUGAAGUCGAUGCUGCGCGGAGGAAACGCCUUCAUGGUUCUGAAAGACGUGGCUUUGUCCAUAACUGAAACGACUCCACUGAUCAACGCCGAAGAGGAACCGGAGGAGCACGAGGACAGCGAGAGCGACGCCUUUUAAAACUUCACCUCAAACAUCUCAAAUC